ACUAACAACUACCAGUACGAAAUUGCUAUUUUCGCUUCUGCUGCAAACAGACAAAUCCGCGCUCUUUAUAACGAUUUCCGCCAGCCACACUUCUCGCCGGCCGUCUCCCCCAUCAUCUCUCCACAGUCUCUUGUCCGCUGCGCAUCAUUGUUGUAGCCAUGGCUAUCUCGCUCCAGUUCUCUCGGCUCUCACUCCGCGCCGACGGAUUCAUCACGGAGAAUCGCCCAGCCGUUUUCAGCAGCCGGCGGCGCGGGAAGCCUGCUUCCGUCCGAUGCUCCGGAGACGAAUCGGGAUCCUUGGCCGUGGAUUCCGAAUUCGACUCCAAGGCGUUCAGGCACAACUUGACCAGGAGCAAGAACUACAAUCGGAGAGGGUUCGGGCACAAGGAGGAGACUCUCGAGCUCAUGAGCCAAGAGUACACCAGCGACAUCAUCAAGACGUUGAAGGAGAACGGGAACGAGUAUACAUGGGGGAAUGUUAAUGUGAAGUUGGCUGAAGCGUAUGGGUUUUGCUGGGGGGUUGAGCGGGCUGUACAGAUUGCCUAUGAAGCUAGGAAGCAGUUCCCGGAGGAGAAGAUCUGGCUCACCAAUGAGAUCAUUCACAACCCAACUGUUAAUAAGCGGUUGGAGGAUAUGCAGGUCGAGAACAUUCCGAUUGAGGGAGGGCUGAAACAGUUUGAAGUUGUGAACAAGGGGGAUGUGGUGAUUUUGCCUGCUUUUGGGGCUGCUGUUGAUGAGAUGUUGACCCUCAGCGACAAGAAUGUGCAAAUCGUCGAUACGACUUGCCCUUGGGUGUCUAAGGUGUGGAACACUGUUGAGAAACAUAAGAAGGGAGAGUAUACUUCAAUUAUUCAUGGUAAAUAUUCUCAUGAGGAGACCGUAGCAACUGCCUCUUUUGCUGGAAAGUACAUCAUUGUGAAGAAUAUGACCGAGGCAAUGUACGUAUUUGACUAUGUUCUUGGAGGAAAACUCGAUGGAUCUAGCUCAACCAAAGAGGCGUUUUUAGAGAAAUUUAAGUAUGCUGUGUCUGAGGGAUUUGAUCCAGAUAGAGAUCUUGUCAAAGUUGGUGUUGCAAAUCAAACUACAAUGCUUAAGGGAGAAACUGAAGAAAUUGGAAAAUUGGCUGAGAGGACCAUGAUGCAGAAGUACGGAGUUGAAAAUGUCAAUGAUCACUUCAUAAGCUUCAACACUAUUUGUGAUGCUACUCAGGAGAGACAAGAUGCUAUGUUCAAAUUGGUGGAGGAAAAGUUGGACCUUAUUCUUGUUGUUGGCGGGUGGAACUCGAGCAACACAUCGCAUCUUCAAGAAAUCGCUGAGCUUCGCGGGAUCCCUUCAUACUGGAUCGACACUGAACAGAGAAUAGGCCCAGGCAACAAGAUAGCCUUCAAGUUAAACCAUGGGGAAUUGGUUGAGAAAGACAACUUUCUACCAGAAGGACCAAUUACCAUCGGCAUAACCUCAGGUGCUUCCACCCCAGAUAAGGUGGUAGAGGAUGCUCUUAAGAAGGUUUUCGAGAUCAAGCGCCAGGAAGUCCUGCAGAUGGCGUAGAUUUAGACGCUUCAGUGUAAAUAGAUUAUCUGCAUAAUCAGAACACGAGUUGAUUUCAUUAGCAAUUUGUUGUAUCAGUUAGUAGCAUAAAUGUUGGGAAGGGUUGUAUGUUAUAACGUGAAACCACUCUGAGCUUACGAUAUUAAAAUAAUUGAAAGAAUGAUUGUGUCCUGUAAAAUGUCCAGAAAUUUGUGAGUCGAAGCCAAGGGGUUGGAGCUGCAGUGAACGAUUUAUGGUAACUAUUGAGAGUAAACAC